AACACUUCUUCAAUUGUGAACCUCUUAUCACAUACUGUGUUUCUCAUAUAUUAUCAUUCCACCCCCCUAAACUUCCAUCAAAUUCCCAAACCCACCCUCCAACAAACACCCGUCGAAUGAAAAAGCUUCCCGCGUCUAUAAAUUCGGAAAUAAAGUUUUCCCCUAAAAUAACGCUCAUCCAUAAUUCUGUUACUACUCGAUCAGAUCAAUACAAACCCUAACCCUAAUCCCCUUCGUCUUCACAUCAAUUUCCCCCAUUUUCGAGGUUUUAAUAAUUUUUGUAUAAUAAUAAUAAUAAACAAAUAAUUGAGGGGCAAAUAUUAUUGGUGCCGCCGGCCAUCUUUAAUCCAUAGGGUUUCAUCUUUCAGGGGCAUGUUCAUGAUUUGUCGGACAGAACAAAAUGGAACACUAUAAUGGGAGUGGUAGCAGUGAGCAUUUAAAUUCGCCAGCUGAUGCUAUUUCUAGCAACAUCGUAGGCAAGGACACACUUGAUGAUGACAAAAUGGUUGACUGCGCUUCUUCAUCCUCCUACUCUUCCGUGUCCUCCUUUACUUCCUCAAAUCAUUUUGAAGUAGAUGUUGGUGAAACUGAUAGAACAUCCCCAGGAUCUGAAGAAAAUGGUUGUAGCUCAGUAGGAUUGAACCCGGAUAGUAUAUCGCCUACGCUAAGCAUGAUAAGUUUUUCACCUAAGAUUUCGCCUCAAACGUCUGAUCUGUAUAUGUUAGAUGCAUCUCCAAAACAAUCUCCUCCAAUCCAAGUGAUGACAGGCUAUGAUCCAAACAGGAUUCCAUCACCCUUAUUUGCUAGAAAACGCAGAACUGAUUCAGAAUGGAGUCUAGCUUCAAAUGAAUCAUUGUUCAGUAUCCAUAUGGGGAAUAAUAGCUUCUCCAUGGAUAAUGGUUUAUAUGUAAGCAAGUCUGGAGAACUUCACUGGCUAGAUGAUGAUCUUGAUUCAAAUUUUACACCUGAUGCCAGUAAGGCCAACAUGUCACCUGCCUUAUCCACAGUGAUAGACACAUCAGCAGAAAAUGAUCAGAAGAAUGCUAGUACAAACAAUGAAUCCGGAGUAAAAGACGAGCUCAACAAAGUCCACCUAGAUUCUGAAAGGGUAAAAGAAAUGGAGAGGACACAAUCGUUCAGUACUACUUCAAAUGUUCCAAAUGGAAAAGGGGAAAGUCCUAGUCGUAAUUCUGCAACAAUUGCUUGCAUUUCUGAGACAAGUUGCCAAAGCAAUAGCUCAUUUGCAUUUCCUAUACUUGCAGGAGGCAGUCCAAUUCUAAGUCCAACCAAGGUAGAGGAGGCUGAAAAGCCUCAGCCACCACCAUCAACAUCGCCUGCAGAGGCGGAACAAACUACAGCGAAAGCUCCCUCCACAACCCCUAAAGCUGGUGGCAACCAAUGGUUCCACUGCUUCUCCUGUUUCCCAAUCUGUUGUUGACGUUGUACCAUCACUUCAGACAUGUAUAUACCCGAACUAUGACAUUAUUCAGUGAAUCAGUGAGAAAUAUCUAGUAAUUGCCCAAUCUCAGUGUCCCAACUGCAUCAAUCCAAGAAAUCAGAUCCCUUGUAACGUAAAGCAAAGGUAUAUAUGCAUUACCAUAUCUUCCUAAAAUGCUUAUCGGUAAUCGGCUCAUACUACUACCUGUUUAUCCAGCUCUUUACUGAUGCUUAUAAAACGAGGUGGAAUUGUAAGCCGGGUAAUCAAAAACCUAAUCACUUUUUGGAUCUGUAGCCAUUGUAAAAGCAAAUAUCAUUUUUGCCCAAAUUUAGUAACAUACAUUAUGAUAGUAAAUGGGUACAAAUACGACGAUUAUACAUGUAAUAUUAAGCUCAUUGUGAAUGAAUAUGCGUUGGACAUAAACAUAUAAUUUCUAGUUUGAAAUGUCAUUGUUCAGUUUGUGAA